UUUAAGUCUACUAUGCAAGAAUUGGUACGUUUUUUGCUAUAAUAUGGCAUUUUAAUGGGAAUUAUCUGUUUAUAUAUGUUGCUAGCCCUUUGAUUAGUCAUUUGUCGCUUUAUGAUGUUGUAAAUACGCCGGGAAUUGCAGUUGAUUUAAGUCAUAUAUGUACAUUACCUGAGGUAAAAGGAUAUCUUCCAGAGGACGAUGGUAUUAGAAAGGCAUUAGAAGGAGCAGACUUUGUUGUUAUAUCAGCAGGAUUUCCUAGGAAGUUAGGAAUGACGCGUGAUGAUUUGUUUUCUACAAAUUCGAAAAUAAUAAUUGAACUUGGAGAAUCUAUUGCUAAAUUUUCACCGAAUGCAUUUAUUCUCGUUAUUACUAAUCCUAUUAAUUCUACAGUUCCUAUUAUUGCAGAAGUUCUUAAAGAACAUAAUGUGUUUAAUCCGAAAAAAUUGUUUGGAAUAACUACAUUAGAUAGUGUUCGUUUAGCUAAAUUUGUCGCUGAACACUUUAAAACGGCUUCGGAUCCUGGCUGUUAUGAAAUUCCUAUUAUUGGUGGACAUAGCGGUACAACUAUUAUUCCACUUAUAAGCCAAUCGAAACCUAAGGUUGAAUUAAAUCAAGAUGAAUUGAAAUCAUUGGUACAUAGAGUUCAAUAUGCAGGCGAUGAAGUAAUUGAAGCAAAAAAUGGAAAUGGUUCUGCAACUCUUAGUAUGGCAUAUUCUGCUUUUAUUUUUAUUGAAGCAUUGAUAAAGAUAUUUUACGCAAGCAUUGGACAUUCUGGAAUUCUUCAAUCAACUUUUAUUUAUCUUCCUGGAAUUCCUGGUGGCGAUGAAAUUGUCAAAAGAGUUAAUCUUGAUUUUUUUGCUGUUCAAGUAGAAUUAGGAGUAGAUGGUGCUCAAAAAGUCAAAGAUUUUGGCACUAUUUCUCAGUAUGAACAACAUAUUCUUAGUGAUGCCAUUGUAGAACUUAAGGAAAUUAUAUAUUAUUUUAAUAUAUGA